AUGGGAAGUUGGAAUCCGGGGAGGCAAAGGGAUGCACCCUGGAGGAACCAUCUCAAUUUUAGAUGGUCUGACAAUGAUCCGAACCAGCCACCCCCACAACAGAACACUCAGUUGACACAACAACCAGAGAGACAGACUAAUUGGUCUGGGAGAAAUCAGGAGGGGCAGAGCAACUGGAACAACCAGAACCAGGGAGACCACUCUAAUUGGGGGAAUAGGGAUCAGACUCAGGGGAACUCUUACGUACCGCCACACCAGAGGAACUACACUGGAUACUAUCAGAAUUCCCAACCACCUUACCAAGGGAACCAAGGGCCAGGAAAUCAGUUCCACAAUACUUCAGGGGGUCAAGGAAACUUUCGUCCGAGUCAGGGAAGUGGACCACAUCUGGGUACAGGACCAAGUUCAGGCCAUGCGAGUUCUAAAACAUCAAAGAAUCUAGAUGACAUGCUAGAGCAGAAGGCAGCAAUGGACAUGCUGGCCAAACAGUUGUCUCAGAUAGCGACCUCUUUGAGUGAAAUACGAGGGAACGAAGGGAAGAUUCCUGCUUCAGUGAGGCCACCAGACAGGUCUAACAUCAGCCAAAUCACUUUGAGAUCUGGGAAAAGGUAUGACGGCCCAUUGAUGAAAAUGAAUGAAGAGACACCUGCCACCGAAGGUGAGAAGCGGAAGAACCCAGUUCCUGAACCUGAAAAUUCAAAAGUAGAGAGUACCUUAAGGAGGGAUGAUAUUCGGGAAGGUAAGCUGGAUAGACCGCUAACCAGAGAAACAGAACCAUUCUUCCUAGAUCCAGAGCCAGAAGCGGAAAAGGAAUUAGCAGGGGAAAAAAUGGACGGAGUCCCAGCUGAAGGAUCUGCACGACCAGGGAGGCAACUAAAGUCGUUCCCACACCGAGGAGAGACUAAGAAGAAAAAGGAUGAGCCUGUGGAUUUUAUGGACAUCUUUGGGAAAUUGGAGAUCAACCUACCAUUUUUGCAGGCUUUGAAAUUGCUGGUGUUCAGCAGAUUGACCAAAGAGUCGUGCAUUUGUCCAGAGGGGGUUUUGGAAAAUGUUAUAGUCAAGGAGCAUGAUUUCAUGUAUCCAGCCGAUUUCCAUGUUAUCAAAAUGAGAGACAAUGAGUCUGCAGAGUCUAGCGGCGUACUUCUAGGGAGACCUCUUCUCCGAACCGCUAAAACUAUAAUUGAUGUUUUCGAUGGAACCAUAUGCUUGGACUAUAAUGGGGAGAAGUAUACUUUUAGCAUAGACGAGGCAAUGAAGAAACCUUUAGAUGUAGAGAAUUUGCAUGCGAUCGAUGUUAUUAACCCCCUGGUCCAGGAAUUUCUUGAGACGGAGUUAAUGCAGGAACUGAUGAGUAAUUCAGAGUCGAGCCAUUCGAUCGACAUGGAGGUAGCUGGAUGGUGCGAGGCAAUGCACACAAGGGAGUUAUCGGAUGAAGAGCUGGCCGAAGCAAUUUCAGAAUUUUGCACGAAUCCGGGGGCAGCAAGAUCAAGAGGAUCAGCCUAUGUGGCUAAUCUGGAAAGUACUCCAGGGAUUGGAAAGGGAAUGAAAUCUGAUGAAGAAAAUAAUCCCUUGCCCUAG